CAGCGAGAGGAGCUUCCCGGCCCUGCAGAAGGGGCGAGUCCUGUGCGAGCCCCCGGGAAGCGCCGCGCGCUCGAGACGGACGCUCGGACUCCCCCGGCUCGCCGAGAGCUCGGCUCCGGGCUCCCCUCCUUUCCACCUCGCGAGGGAGGGGGCGAGGGAAGGAGGGGAGGGGAAGGUCCCGCGGAGGAGGCAGAAUGGCCAGUCGAAAGGGGCUUGGCCGCUGCUUUUCCCCGGAGCUGCCUCCACUCCUGCGGCUGCCGGGAGGGCUGGCCUGAGCAGGGGCUCCAGACUGUCCCGCUGGGAGCCAGCGCGGCGCCCCCGGGCCGGGGCAGCGGCGCCGGCAUGACGUCCGGCAACAUGAAGUUCAAUGGUUACUUGAGGGUCCGCAUCGGCGAGGCGGUGGGGCUGCAGCCCACCCGCUGGUCCCUGCGCCACUCGCUUUUCAAGAAGGGCUACCAGCUGCUGGACCCCUACCUGACGGUGAGCGUGGACCAGGUGCGCGUGGGCCAGACGAGCACCAAACAGAAGACCAACAAACCCACGUACAAUGAGGAGUUCUGCGCCAACGUCACGGACGGCGGCCACCUCGAACUGGCCGUCUUCCACGAGACGCCCCUGGGCUACGACCACUUCGUGGCCAACUGCACUCUGCAGUUCCAAGAGCUGCUGCGCACGGCCGGCGCUUCGGACACCUUCGAGGGCUGGGUGGAUCUGGAGCCAGAAGGGAAAGUAUUUGUGGUAAUAACCUUAACAGGGAGCUUCACUGAAGCAACUCUCCAGAGAGAUCGAAUCUUCAAACAUUUUACCAGGAAGCGCCAAAGGGCUAUGCGAAGGCGUGUCCACCAAAUCAAUGGACACAAGUUUAUGGCAACAUACCUGAGGCAGCCCACCUACUGCUCUCACUGCAGGGAGUUCAUCUGGGGAGUAUUUGGGAAACAGGGUUAUCAAUGUCAAGUGUGCACCUGUGUCGUCCAUAAGCGCUGCCACCAUCUAAUUGUUACGGCCUGCACUUGCCAAAAUAACAAUAACAAAGUGGAUUCAAAGGUUGCUGAACAGAGGUUCGGAAUCAACAUCCCACACAAAUUCAACGUCCACAACUACAAAGUGCCAACGUUCUGCGAUCACUGUGGCUCCCUGCUCUGGGGGAUAAUGCGACAAGGACUUCAGUGUAAAAUAUGUAAGAUGAAUGUCCACAUCCGAUGCCAGGCAAACGUGGCCCCUAACUGUGGGGUGAAUGCGGUGGAGCUAGCCAAGACCCUGGCCGGCAUGGGCCUCCAGCCCGGAAAUAUUUCUCCAACCUCGAAGCUCAUUUCCAGGUCGACUCUAAGACGACAGGGAAGGGAGAGCACCAAAGAAGGAAAUGGGAUCGGGGUAAAUUCUUCCAGCCGACUUGGUAUUGACAACUUUGAGUUCAUCCGAGUGUUGGGGAAGGGGAGUUUCGGGAAGGUGAUGCUGGCAAGAAUAAAAGAAACAGGAGACCUCUAUGCCGUGAAGGUGCUGAAGAAGGAUGUGAUCUUACAGGAUGACGAUGUGGAAUGCACAAUGACAGAGAAGAGGAUCCUGUCCUUGGCUCGCAAUCACCCCUUCCUCACUCAGUUAUUCUGCUGCUUUCAAACACCUGAUCGUCUAUUCUUUGUGAUGGAGUUUGUGAAUGGGGGCGACUUGAUGUUUCACAUUCAGAAGUCUCGUCGUUUUGAUGAAGCACGAGCUCGUUUCUAUGCUGCAGAAAUCAUUUCGGCGCUCAUGUUCCUACACGAGAAAGGAAUCAUCUAUAGAGACCUCAAACUGGACAAUGUCCUGUUGGACCACGAGGGUCACUGCAAACUGGCAGACUUCGGGAUGUGCAAGGAGGGGAUUUGUAAUGGAGUCACCACCGCAACUUUCUGUGGCACGCCCGACUAUAUUGCUCCAGAGAUACUCCAGGAGAUGCUCUACGGGCCCGCGGUAGAUUGGUGGGCGAUGGGCGUGCUGCUCUACGAGAUGCUGUGUGGUCACGCUCCCUUUGAGGCCGAGAACGAAGAUGACCUCUUUGAAGCCAUACUGAAUGAUGAAGUGGUGUACCCUACCUGGCUCCACGAAGAUGCCGCAGGGAUCCUGAAGUCCUUCAUGACGAAGAACCCCACCAUGCGCCUGGGCAGCCUGACUCAGGGUGGUGAGCACGCCAUCUUGAGACAUCCUUUCUUUAAGGAAAUCGACUGGGCCCAGCUGAACCAUCGCCAAGUAGAACCACCUUUCAGACCCAGAAUUAAAUCCCGAGAAGAUGUCAGUAAUUUUGACCCUGACUUCAUUAAGGAAGAGCCAGUAUUAACCCCAAUUGACGAGGGACAUCUUCCUAUGAUUAACCAGGAUGAAUUUAGAAACUUUUCCUUUAUGUCUCCAGAAUUGCAACCUUAGCCUUAUGGGGAAUGAAUCCCAAGGGGAUACAGAUUUCCCAGGAAUUUCCUUCAUGGGGCAUUCCCUUGUGUCAGCCUUAGAACAAGAACCUUACCUUCAGAGAGCAGGUGGAAGACUCUGAAGGACAGAGCUUCAACUCUUUCACAUCCUGAGGAAGCCAUGGUACUGGAAUGAGAUUUCAUGAAGAAAGAUACUGCUCAACCUUUGAGUUUCCAAGGCUAUUUUGGGCUUGGGAUAUUAAAAGGAACCAACAGAAGAGAAGGCAUGGAGAAGCAACUGGAUCCUAGAAAUUGAGCCACAGCAGCUUUUUACUGCAAAAGACCAAUCAAGACUUCCUGUGGCCCACUCUGUGCUCUCCAUUAAGCCCAGGAGCCCCUAAUACUAGCAGUGUGCCAGCAAGUCUGUAAAUGCUAAUCAAAAAUUUGAAGAUAAGGAAAUGCAUGGCUUUCCAAAGAGAAUAUUAUUCUCUGAGGAAACAGAAGAGCAUCCAACUUAAAGCCCUAUCUUGAAAACGUAUGUUGAAAACACCAAGAUAACCAUUCCAGCUUCUGGUCUUAUAUUUACUUUAAUGGAUAUUUAUUGAGUGCCCAGUGAGACAGUGCCCAGGACACUUGCUACAGUAAACCUACUUGUGUUCCCUGAACUUUCUUUCUUCAGUCCACUUCUUUACCUGAAUGUUGUUUGCAUUCUGUGAAAUGCCACCUCCACAUUGCAUAGAUCAUGCUUCUUUGUCUGCACAUAACUUUUUCCACGUAAGAGGGCUCACUGCCACCACAGCAACUAUCUACAUCCCCCACCACCAGCAGGUGAGGCAGACGUCCUUGCUGUCUGCUGACUUGUGAAAUCUUACUGGGGACAAUGUGUUGAUACGGCUCUGAACUCAGUGAAGAAUCGUACACCACUCAUGUCAACGACCAGACUUAGGACUCCUACCUUAGCAGGUUAUUUAAGUUAUAUUUUAAGAGACAAAAGUAUUUGGUAUGCAUUUUAUUAAUUAGAAAUGGCUCUUAUAAAAAGGACGUUUAUCAAAAAAAAAAAAAAGGACCUUAUGUACUCUGUAUAUGCAGUUGGAGAAUUUUGUCUGUCUGGAAAUAAAUGCAUUUUGUAGCAAAAGGAAA